CUCGAAUGGCAUGGGACCCACCAAACAAAAGAAGAAACAUGAAAAUUUCCAUGGCGUGAUGGGGGGAAAGAGAGAGUAGAAAAGAAACGUUUCGAAAAUAUUUGUAACAUAAAAAGGAGAAAGAGAGUGUGGAUGCAAAUUCCAUGAGAGCAGAGAAGAGGUGCCUCAUACUCGUCAUUAUCCGUUACGAGUACGAACCCUCCUCUCUUCUCUUUUCCCUCUUUCUCUUCUCUUCAAUUCCUUAACACCGUGAUUCAUGGAAGACACCUUCGUUUUCCAGUGGAGCGCCGUUAGAUCUCUCUUAUCCAUCCUUCAGUGGUGGGCCUUUAACGUCACCGUUAUCAUCGUUAACAAGUGGAUCUUCCAGAAAUUGGAUUUCAAGUUUCCUCUAUCAGUAUCAUGUGUCCACUUUAUCUGCUCAGCCAUUGGAGGAUAUGUGGUAAUUAAGGUGUUGAAGCUCAAACCACUGAUAACUGUUGACCCUGAAGAUCGCUGGAGAAGAAUCUUUCCAAUGUCAUUUGUUUUCUGUAUUAACAUAGUUCUGGGAAAUGUGAGCCUAAGAUACAUUCCAGUUUCCUUUAUGCAGACAAUAAAGUCAUUCACACCUGCCACCACCGUUGUUUUGCAAUGGCUAGUAUGGAGGAAAUACUUUGAAUGGCGUAUUUGGGCUUCUCUUAUACCCAUUGUUGGAGGGAUUCUUCUCACAUCUGUAACAGAGCUUAGUUUUAAUAUGUUUGGAUUUUGUGCUGCCUUAUUUGGUUGUUUGGCUACAUCCACAAAGACUAUUCUUGCAGAAUCUCUUCUGCAUGGAUACAAAUUUGACAGCAUAAACACAGUUUAUUACAUGGCACCUUUUGCAACAAUGAUCUUGGCGCUUCCUGCCAUGUUACUUGAAGGUGAUGGAAUUCUUGAAUGGCUAAAUACCCAUCCAUAUCCUUGGUCGGCUCUCAUAAUUAUUUUUAGCUCUGGGGUGUUGGCUUUCUGUCUUAACUUCUCCAUUUUUUACGUGAUUCACUCCACCACUGCUGUAACGUUUAACGUUGCCGGAAAUAUGAAGGUUGCAGUUGCUGUCCUUGUUUCUUGGCUGAUAUUUAGGAACCCAAUUUCAUAUUUAAAUGCUGUUGGGUGUGCCGUGACUCUCGUGGGAUGUACAUUCUAUGGUUAUGUCAGGCACAUGCUUUCUCAACAGCCACCAGUCCCAGGAACUCCUCGGACACCCAGGACCCCUCGGAGUAAGAUGGAGUUGCUUCCUCUUGUAAAUGAUAAAUUAGAAGAUAAGGUCUAAUUGAUUUAGCUACUAUGAUGUUUAUGCCUUUUGGAGGGCAGUAAUAGCAAUAGGUACAGAAAGAUUGAAGUCACGUUGGUUAUUUAUUCUGAUAGAGUAACCAAAAUUUUUAAUACAAGUUUUUUUCUUUUUUUUCUUGAACUCUCCACCUUUGUCAUUUUCUUUUUCUAGAUCCUAGUUCUCUCCAUUUUGCUUUUUUUCUCCGUUUCAUUGUAUGCACUAUAAACAGACGGACGAUUAUUAUUGUUAAUUUAUUGUUAUUUGUGUAAGGGAAACGAAAUGGACGAACAUAUCUAUUGGUAAUUUCGACGGAUUAACGUUCAUGGCCGAAAUUGCCGUUUCUAGUU